UGAAAACACAAACCGCGAACGCGACGAGGAGAAAAAGCUUUCGGGUGGCGAAGCCCAGGCACACAUGGAUAAUAGCGUCCAAGCACCGGGCGUCCGAGGUACAUCGGAAAGCACUCGGGGCGUCUGCGAGAAACGGGUCACCGCGGAAUACUGCGAAAAGCUGCAGGCGUGGAUGUGGCAGUACUACACGGGUUAUGUCGGCUGGCAGAGCUGGCUGGCGUUGUCCGCUGUGUCCAGCGGGUGUUACUCACCGCAGCCGACCGACGGGAACCCAACGCCGCCGGUUGACUGGAGCAGUUUCGACGCCCAGAACUGGUUCAACAACCCGUUCGGUCUGCCGUUAACGCCUUAUCCGCCGGCCAUCCCCACCCCCGGCGGCCAGGUAAGGGAGGCGGCCGGGGGUGGCACCGCGCCCACGAAUACACCUGCCAACGGGCAGCGGCAGCGGCCCCGAGAGAACGGAAACGCGCAGAGACCAGGUCAGGAGUUCAGUAUUCCUUCGCCUCCCCAGAGACUCCUAGCUGAAAUGGUGGAUUUCUUUAUAUUGCUUUUCAUCAAGGCAACCAUCAUCAUCAGUAUUAUGCACCUGAGUGGGAUGAAGGAUAUUUCCAAGUUUGCCUUGCAUUUCAUAGUGGAGGAAAUAGAUGAGGACACAUCGAUGGAGGAACUACAGAAAAUGAUGCUUGUGGCCCUCGUCUACCGGAUGUUGGUGUGUUUUUAUGAGAUAGUGUGCAUAUGGGGUGCGGGUGGUGCCACCCCAGGGAAAUUUCUCGUUGGUCUCAGGGUCGUGACAUGUGACUCGUCAGUCCUGGUUCAACCCAACAGGGUGCUUGUGGUGCCGGCCACGGACGUCUCUCUCUCUGCGUCAACCAUACGAGCCUUGAACAAGAACUUCUCCAUCGCCUUUUUCUUCCCGGCGUUCAUCACGCUGCUGUUCUUCCAGCACAACCGGACCGUUUACGACAUGGUGGCCGGUACUAUUGUUGUCAAGCGUGCUAGGGCCAGGUGACGGUUUGGAGAGUCCUAAUGCACUCGCACAAGGUCGGGCCAGGUGGGCGCCGCCCUCCUCUUGGUUAAAUUCAGGACGUGUCGCUCACGGCCUUACAAGGAUUUCGGGUGCGGUCUUUUGUAGAGUCUCACAGCACAAGAAAACCCUCUCAGCCGGAACGUCGGCGGGAUGGCGGAGGAGUGAAAUACACCAUCAGGCUCCUCUUCUGAAAGCUUGGACUUUUGUCUUCAAAAAACACACACACACACACACACGUUGUUGCUCUCACAGUGCUUUUGGAUUUUAUUCCUGUGCUGCGUUAUGAAGUUUAUACAGGAAGACUUUUUGGAUUUGCUGGCUGUUUUUUUUUUUUCUUCUUCCACAAAAUCAGCUAAAAAGAAUUGGCUUUUUUCUCAAAAAAUUUUUUUCUCCAGAUUAAGGGUGAAUUUUGUGGCACUCUUUUAAGUAUUUUAUUUUCAUCCACACGUUCAGGAGAGGUAAUGACAUAACACUUUAGGUCUGGCCAUAUGUUCGAGGACAUGAUGGCGAGGUCGAGGACGUCUGCUGCUGUGGAAGAGUGAUAGGCUGACUUGUAUACCGGACACUGACUUGCAUCCACCUUUAUAUCGUGACAUAGCAGCUCCUCCGCCUGCUGCGGCAUCACAUGCGUGAACGAGGCGUAAAUGUGGGGAGUUUUAUAUUCACUUCUCAUUAUUUAACGAGAUAAAAUGAUAAAAUGAAAUACCGGAAAGUUCUUCUUUGAGGGAUUUGCAUGCAACUGAAUUUAAGGUACUGUGUAUGCGGCUGUACUUUCUGAUGCUUCUGAAUAUUGCUGUAGCUCACCAGCCACUAGAUGGCUUCUGUUGUCAACCCUGAUGAUGAUGAUGAUGAUGAUGAUGAGUCGUUGUACCAAUUGAUUUGCCGUACGUUAUUAUGGCUUUAUUUCUCACACUUUACUCUGUCCAAGUAAAAACUACUUGCAGGAGCAGUGCAGUAUUUUAAGAUUAACGUGCGAGGAAGAGAAGGGCUCCCUAUUUCGAGGGAGACAGAGAUUAUUUUUUAAUUAACCACUGUUUGUUAUUCCAGCUUAGUCAUUAUGGUGGGGGGGGGGGGAUCUGAUGAAGCAGAAUCACAAUACCGCUCAUUGAUUAUUUAUUGAGACACCUUUGGUACUUGUUUAGUAUUUAUGCCGUCAUAAUAGCUUGAUGAAUCAGUUUUAUUUGAAUGAAAAAGUGCUGUAAUACAGCACGAGGCGUUCUGCUGGGCUGGAAAAGUUAUUUUAUUCCUCAGAUGGCAGUACAGUGUUGCUGCACGAAACACAUUACUUUAAAAUGCCUAAUUAAAAACUUGCGUGUUUCCACUUUGAGAGAGUCACUUUGAAACUCUGAUUUGAAAUGUUUUCUUUAUCAAUGUUUAUGUCUUUGUUGGUGCAACGUCCCUUCGACGGGGGACUUUCUCCCCCUAAACCGUGAUGUCACAUGCAAAACCAGGGAGGAAAACGCCCGCGAAAGCACACGGGGUAAUUAUAUCAGAAUAAUGAUUUAGACUGAAUGUUUGAGUUCUGCUUAAAGACUCUUUGAGGAAAAUAUAUCACAGUGGUCAUUCCCGUCAAAUAAAUCAUGAGAAAUUAAAUUGCCUUUGCACAUUUAAUCCGUAUUUGGUACUGAUUCAGAGCGUCUUCUGACUGGCGGCCUGUCCAGGGUGUCUCCCCGCCUGCCGCCCAGUGACUGCUGGGAUAGGCUCCA